UUUGCGCGUCGUCCGCUGGGCGCCUGCGCGCAUCCGCAGUUGGGGAGGGGUCGGAAAGGGGGUCCGGCAGCGCCGCGCCUUUGUGUUUAUAGUUGGGCCCCGUGCGCAGCUGCGCCUCGGCAGUCUUGUCGUCGACGUCGCAGUUUGCGCGUCAUCUUAUCCGUUACCUCCGUCAUGUCGUCAAUCUAUUGCCAGAGGCCCAGGAGGCCCCUCACCGUGCGCAGGGCCACGAGGGUCGCCAGGUUGAGGCUGUCCGGCAACGCCAGCGCGCCCAGAUCAACGAACGCUGGCACGAAUAAUCUGCCGCCCCUCACCUUCCACCAGGUACACGGCGACAACAUACGGUUAUGCAACGGCAACACCACCGCCAGACGGCACGAGAGCUUUUGCAAGGGCGUAACCUUCAGCGCCCGACCAGUCCGAGUCGGCGAAAAGGUAUGCAUCAAGUUCCUCGAAAUCUCGGACAACUGGAGCGGCGUCGUAAGGUUUGGCUUUACGAGCAACGACCCCGUUAACGUGCGCAACGGACUACCGCGCUAUGCUUGCCCAGACCUUACCAACAAGCCCGGCUACUGGGCCAAGGCCCUCGCCGAGCGUUUCGCCGGCCGCAACACGGUCCUCUUCUACUACGUCACAUCAGCCGGCGACGUACACUUCGGUGUGAAUGGCGAAGAGAAGGGCGUCUUCUUCAACGGCGUGGAGACGCGCAACCCGCUCUGGGCGGUGAUCGACGUCUACGGCAACAGCACGGCUAUCGAAUUCGUCGAUCCCAACAGGCAGCGCUUCAACAACGUGCGCCGCAGCGCCGAACGAAGCAACGACAACAAUGCCCAGCACAGCAGGCACUCAACCAUGGACGACGUGAGCAACGCCAGCAGGGACAUCGAGAGGAUCAUCGUAUCCACGCUGCAGAACUCCCUGCAGAACUCAUUGCAGAAUAUCAGCAUACACUGUGAUCACGACACCGAUCUUCCCUGUCUCAAGUAUCAACCUCUCGGCGCACUCUUCACGCCCCUCCCCUUCCACCCGACCCGCGGACGCAACAUCCGCUUCAGCCAUCAGCAAUGCGUGGCGACGCGCACCGACACGGAGUUCUGCCAUGGCUACGCCUUCACGAAUCGACCCCUCGUUCUCGGCGAACGCCUCGUCGUCCAAAUCCUGUCGACGGAGCCGAUGUACGUGGGCGCCCUCGCCCUCGGCCUCACCUCCUGCAAUCCCAUGCAUCUCACCGUCGAGGACCUACCCGAUGACAGCGAUCUUCUGCUCGACCGGCCCGAGUACUGGGUCGUCUCCAAGGACGUGGCCUCGAGUCCCCAGCCGGGCGACGAGAUCGCCUUCACGGUUACGCACUACGGUGAGGUACAGAUGAGCAAGAACGGCGGCCCACCCAAUGUCGUCAUGCACGUCGAUCAAAGUCUCAUGCUCUGGGCCUUCGUUGACGUCUACGGGAGCACCGAACGAGUGCGCAUGUUCACGGGCCGCGAUUUCAGCUCCCUCUCCCAGCAACGACAGUCAGCAGCAACAAACCCAGCAGCAGCCGCAACAACAGCAACAGCUCCAACAGCCCCAGCCCCAACAGCAACAAAACCAGCAGCCCCAGCUUCAGCUUCAGCAGCAACAACCACAAACACCACAAACGACGACCCCGGCCGUAACCACGGCCCGGACCGCGGUUCCGGGACCGUCGCUGACUUCUCGCGUUUUCCCGAGCUGGUGCAAUUCAAACCCGCGGUCGGCGGCGGCACCGUCCUCGUCGUCAACCUUCCGCCCCAAGGCUCUCACCCAGCGCCACCACACCCGACAACGACUCAGCCACAGUACGCGCCCGCGAACCGUCGCGCCGCCACUCCACGCCAGUCAUCGACGACGCCUCCGCCCCCAAGCACAGGGACGAUGGCGAGCACGAGCUCCUCAACGUAUGUCGAGCCCGUGAACUGCCAGAGCACGAAGCCCGGUGGUGGCCAGCCCCUCUCGCGACUAAUGUGGCGGGAGGGCCUCCAACCCCCGACCCCCGGUCAGCCCUCCGAGUGCUCCAUCUGUUACGAAAGGAACAUCGACUGCGUCCUCUACACCUGCGGACACAUGUGCAUGUGCUACACGUGCGCCCAGCAGCAGUGGCGCGGUAAGGGCGGCGGUCACUGCCCCCUCUGUCGGGCCGCCAUACGCGACGUCAUACGCACCUACAGAUCCUGAAGCGAGGAGCGGCAGAGUCGCUGCCUGCGGCCGCGUACCCGUGCCAAAGCUGCGCUGAAAUAAAGGGCUACGAGGAUCGACAUCCGGAUGCAUCCGGAGACUCGGGCCUCCCACCCGAGCCUCCUCCGACCCCUCUCUACGGAGCGUCUUUAUUCCAUCUUUUAUCUCUACGUUACGUAUACGCACGUGCAAACCAUCCAAGCCACACACCCACCUACCCAUCAUCCGCGCAUUCACGUAUGCACAAACAUUGUAGCUUCGUUGACUUGGUAUUAACCGGCGCAAUCACAGUCUUUUAGUAUACAUUAUAUUAUAUUGUGUCACCCAUGUACAUAUACGUAUACGCGUGGUCCUUAUCAAUACAUACACGCAUACGUGCGCGCGCGCGAAUGAACGAACGAAUUGAUAUCAUUGAUUAUUGUAACUAUUGCGCGUGUGCCAGUUUUUUGAAGGGGGAUAUGAUCCUCCUCGGCAUUUUGGACCUACUUGUAAGGCAAACUUGCAAUUUAGAAAAGCGGCACGUAAUGAAAGGAGACGUCGUUGUCCCGUUUUCUUUCUCGUACGCUGCGAAUCAUUAGCGAAGAAUUAUGUCAUAUACGUAUAUCAACGUAUACGCACGCGUAGUUUGCAUCAACCAAAGAGAUUCUGCAUUACGAGUCUUGGCGGCUUCGAGGCGUCAAAGGGAGAAAAUGGCAUUGCAAAUGGGAGGUUUUGAGAAGUUUAUUAUUGGAGCUUGGUCGUCGAAUAUUUUUAUGUCCGAGAGAGCACACGAGCGUGCACAUGAAUAUUUGUUGUCGCUUAUCGAGGUGGCGAGCCGAGAUCCAACCAAAACAAUAAGUUUGAGAAAAUCGAUGAGAGAAGUACCGAAGCGAUUCGCACUUUUAUCCUACUGAGCGGUUUUAUUUUUCUUAAGUAGUGCCGCGAGGCUUUUUCCUGCGAGGAGGAAGGCCGUGCCUUAAUAUGCGAGUCGGAGGAACGAUAAUUCCAAGCACUCACGAAAAACAAUAAAGGAAAAUGAAAAGAAAAUGAACGACGUAUUUCAAAAUGAACCAAACUAAUUG